GACUGUUGUGCUGCUGGGAAUUCCUCUAAAGGACAGAGCCUUUAUCGGCAUCAAGUUCGAGCGCGAAGAGCCUCAAGAAGAAGAGAUCUCUGAACCUAUGAGCAUGUCGACAUCAACAGGAACUAGCCCCUCGACUCGUUCUGGUAAGGCCCCCUCUGCGGAUGCACUGCUGAAGAAGCGGCUUGAGUCGCUAGGGAAUAUGUCCCGAGCCAAACCCAUCACCAUGUUGUCACCUCCGAAGCCGCCAAAGACUUCAACGGACACCACGGUGACAGGGGAGACCAACUUGCUCAUGCCUGCUGAGAAGAAACUGCCACCUCCGCCUCGGAAGAGGAAGUUUGCAGUGGAGUUCCCUGACGACUAUGGGUCGACAGACGCGCCAAGGGUUCAGCUCUGGCCCGAGGUUGAUCGUCGUAGGAUGCCGUCGAGCCGGGAGAGUCAAGAGACCCCGUCCCCAGUUGCUGCAACUGUUGAGAGCGUCUCGGAUGCCUGGAGGGUAUGUCUCUGCUCCCUUUGUUGUUUUAUUGUAAUUUCGUUCCUUGCAUGCCAUCUUCGUCUCGUCAGUGUAGUGACUCUUGAAUUUUUUUCUUUUCCGUUCAAACAGUCCCUGCAAUUUGCUUUAGCCACACGUCAUCAUGUCAUAAUGUUAGAAGAUCAAAUAGUAAAAUUGAAAAACGACAUGAAGAAGGCAAAGCAGGAGGCUGGUCGCCUUGGCGAUGUGGCCAAGGAGGCGACGGCAAGGGCUGAGGCGCUGUAG